AUGGCAGAUUCCCCUCCCGACGCCGCAGCCAGAAGACGACUCCGCCGCGUGCCGGAGCAACUCCGAAAACGAUCAGCCCACAGUUGUGAUCUUUGUCGCAAGCGCCGGUGUAAAUGUGUGCCGGGUCCGGCAGGCCGUGGCUGCGCAACAUGUGAGAAGCACAACGUGGAGUGCUCGUAUGCGCUCCCAAGAAAGUCCCGGUUUUACGGGAGCGUCGAUGACCUUGGCGAUCGGCACAAAUGUUUAGAGGCUAUUGUUCGGGGCGCGUUUCCGGGAGAGCCCACCGCGACAGUAGCCGACUUGAGGAAAUUGGGAGAGCGCAUGGGAUAUAGCAUGCCAGAACCCACCAUUCCAUCAACUCGGCCUUUAGAAAGCUCGGAACCGACCAUAUCUUACCCAAGCUCUGAAGCUCCCAUUCGCCGGCCCCUGGUUCCAUCCCACGAGGCCGUGUCACGCCGCAACAGUUGCCCGGAUGUCUUCGGGGCAAGGGUGCCCGAGGGAGUGGAUGGAGACUCAUCGCCCGAUGAUGCCGAAUCACUUGGCCUCAUCCGGGACCCCACGGGGAGACAGCACUAUAUAGGGCCAUCCGGCAGCCUGCAGUUUCUCAGCCAGCUACGGCGGCUCUUGAUAUCUCGGAACCAACGAUUACCCGUCAACAACGACAAUUCGCCCACCGCCUCCAAGUUCACAGAGGAUGACACGGCCCGGGCUCUCGAAGCGGACAGCAUCACCGUAGACACCACAGAUCCGGUCGUCGCCGCCGCCGAUCACGGUGGUGUUGCCGGUGACGUUGUUGCCGCGCAAGAUGAGCUCUCACCGGGGUCCAUCUCGUCCUCCAUCGCCAGGGACUUUACGAUGCAGCCUUGGGAUGCCGCCGGCGACCUAUUUCGAAAGCUCCCCUCGCGCCUCGUCACCGAUUCGCUGCUGCAGUCCUACUUCAAAAAUGCCCACGAAGAUUUCCCCCUCUUUCACCGCGGCACUUUCGAGGAAGAGUAUGAGUCGUACUGGGCCUUGCUCAAGCAGCGCAUUACCGCGCCCGAGCCCUGUCUCCAGGCGUCUCAGAUGGAAUGGGGCUGGGUCGCCACGUUGCAGAUGCUGAUUGUUUUCGGGUCCAUGUGUGACCCUUCCAUUCCCGGCAUCGACCACACGACGCUUCGAAGGCAAUGCGUCUCCGUGACGAGAAGUUUGCUGCCGCAGCUCGUUUCGAAAUGCACGCUGUCCAACGUCAGGGCUCUCUUACUCCUUUCGCUGUUCUUGCACAACAACAACGAACGAAACGCGGCCUGGAAUUUGGUGGGGACGGCCACGCGUAUCUCCUUCGCCCUAGGCCUCCACCGCCGCGACGUGGCGGCUUAUUUCAGACCAAUCGAGCGGGAAGUCCGAAAGCGCGUCUUUUGCACCCUGUAUUCAUUCGAGCAGUUUCUCGCGUCGAGCCUCGGACGGCCGAGCGGCCUGAACGAUUUCGACGUCGAGAUUGCCCUCCCACGGGAGGGCCUCCUCGGUACCGGAACGGACAGGGUAGUCGCUCUCUCUCUGAAACUGCAAAACAUCCUAGGACGAGCACGAAUCUCCCAGGCCGUGAGGUCCCUGGCGAGCGGAAAUACGGACACGCAGAGACACGAAGAAUCAGCCAAAGAAACGAUAUCGGCGCUUAAGGCUUGGAGAGACGAAGUGGCAGCAUCUCAGAGCUUAAACAUCCCAUCUAUCUCGGAGCCAGACGACGCCUUCAAAGAAGAUGACGCGCCGGUAACGAUGUCCUUUACCGAAAUCAAGCUUCUGCUCUCCUGGCAAGACCGUACACGCCUCAGAGCGGCGCUGGUAUUGAAUAUGCAGUACCGGUACAUUGCCAUCAUGGUGGCGCGGCCGUUCCUACUGCGCGAUACCGCCAUGGCAAGAGUCGUCGCCAGAACAGAUAAUAAAAACACGACGAACGAUACACCCCGCUCCGAUGCUCACUCACACCUCGCCUCCGUCUGCGUGCAGAACGCGUGCCAGUUGGCCAAGAUUGUCCUUCUGCUCGCCGAGUUCGAGCUGUUGAACGGUGUUUGUGGAAUGGAUGUCUUUUACGCCUAUUCCGCUUCCAUGCUUAUCCAAUCCAUACGGCUCGUGGUGUCCAAAGUCCCCAAGAGCGGCACGAUGAAGAGAUUUGCCAGGGUGAUGGCGACGUUCGAGGACAGCGUAUUCAACCACGACGCUCUCCCACAUGCCGCCACGCCCAGGAAGGACAGCGGAACCCAACUUCAUGCCACCGGUCAGGACAUCCCGGCCAUUCACCAUCUAGGGUCUACUGACCCUUUGCUACUAGCGCCUCAACCUGCGACCGCGAGCGCUUUUCUUGACCCGUCUUUCCCCAUGAUGGCAGGGUGGCCACAGGGCGACUGGAGCACGUUCGGGGCUGACGACGGCCGAGAAUUUGGUGGUUGGAUUGCAUCUCUGCUACAGCCGGCCAUGGAUACUCCCAUGGUAACCGAGUUUGGUGACAUGGAUUCAAUUUUGAGAAAUGCUCCAAUGUGA